AUGUCAAGUUACGCCCCAAGUGCUCUGGGAAGCGCAAUACCCGCCCCUCCAAUAGAUGAAUCUGCCCCCGGGGAAGACUAUGCGAACCCAUUGCAAAACGGUCCGCGAUGGGCUCUUUCCGCUCGCGCCUAUGCCCUCCGUUCGGGGGCUACUCUCGCAUUUGGUAUGAUGAACUUAUCAUCCCCAUCUCCAAACAAAACGAUAUGGCUUGAUUCAACUCUCGGGGAAUGGAAAGGCAAGGACAAGAUCCGAGUAGAUAUUUGGGACCCCGAGCCCCCUAAGCGGGCAAAACUUCAAAGGUUGAAAACGCCGUUUCCUUCAAUAACCCCAACGAGCCCCAAGCGGCCCGCAAUCAUCAACUUCCAUGGAGGUGGUUUCAUUCUCGGCAACGGGACUGACGAUCAGCUUUGGGCUGCCACCGUCAUGAAAGCCUGCGGUGCUGUCGUUCUCUCUGUAAAUUACCGGCUCGCCCCAGAAUACCCCUAUCCAACCCCAGUCGAGGACUGCGCCGACGCCAUCCUCCAGAUCUGCCGGCGGUCAGAGGAACUAGGCAUUGACCCUGAUCAAAUUAUUCUCUCUGGAUUCUCAGCCGGUGCAACCCUGUCUUUGGCGAGCUGGGUUCUCCUCCAGACUCCUCAAAGAUGGGGAUACCAGUUCUUGGGCGUCCCACCAAAACUCCUCGGAUUUGCACUCUUCUAUCCCUCCCUCGACUGGACCGUCACUCGGCCCAACAAGCGUCUCGCUUGUGCGAACCCGGACAACACCCUGCCGAAAGGUAUGACGGACUUGUUUGACGCUUCCUACAUCUGGCCCCCUAUCCCCAGAUCCGAGCGUUCUGACCCUCGGCUUUCGCCCGGCCUCAUGACUGAUGACCUUCUCCACCGGUUACCGCCUGUCAAUCUGUGCUUGUGUGAGUAUGACAUGCUGCUUGCCGAGGGACAGCGAUUCGCGGAACGACUAAAGGCACAAGGCAAGGAGGUCUCGGUGCGUGUAGUAGAGAAGGAGAAGCAUGGGUGGGACAAAACGCCUACACUGUUCGCGAAGCAGAAUAUUAAGGUGGAAUACGCACACGCAAUUAAUGUCUUGACAGGUUGGCUUGAUCGAGAGAAGAGCUCACGAUUGAACGUCAAGCUAUAA